ACAUAAGAAAACAGCCUAAAGAAUACAUGGAGCAUAUAAUGCUCUAACAAUAAGGGAAACCGUUGUGUCACUCAACCGAGGUGGAAUUUCACGUGCGACAUCUGCGGCAGCACUUUGUCGGUGUCGGUUGAAAACAUCCCUAGACAAGUAUUUCACAAAUUCCCGCUGCUAGUAAUAAUUCUAUACCACGUGACCCCCAAUGCAACCCGUGGGCUGUCGAAUGCAGCGCCAACUCCGGGCCAAUCAAAUUUGAAUUUGUUGUUAGGAAAGUGAAACGUUCAUAGGCCGGUGCCGUCAGUGGUUCGAAGUGUGAACGAAGGCGUCGAAAACGCAGGAAAAAAUUAUAUUUUAUCAUAAAAAAGGUAUUCUGUGUGUGAGAAUGGCACGUUUAUUGGAUUGCAGUGAAUCUGAGGUUUGAUCGCUUAAGAUCUAAGUGAAGAUAUCGUGCUUUGUAGAUUUUCUAAUAACUCUUCUGCACUGGGUUAUACCCAACGGUUUUACUUGCCGUGCGUAUAGUUGCAUGCAUCUAUCAAACGCAGAAGUAAAUAAGUCAUCACGGGGUAAUCGUAGAUGACAACCACUUUUUUUGCAUGCAGUUUUCGUAAUACUUGUGAAAAAUACUCACCAUGCCGUAUAGAGGCACAAGCACUGCUUAUAGCAACCGGGGUUCCUCGAAUGCUAUAUUUUCGAGUGCCCCUGUUAAUUUUAACAAAGAAAUCGCACCCCCCGCUGCGAACAAAUUCUUUCGAAGUCCUGAGAAAACAGAUAAUCCUUGCGCACCUUUCAAUAUAAAUAAUUCUCGACUCAAUUCCCGAACAAACCUCAUUCGUUCCAAGUCAGCGACAAUGCUGCAGAAGGAAGACCCUGUAUUGUCCGCCAAAUCCUUGUCCGAAGAACGGCUCAAGAUGCCGAUGAAGAUGGAAUCAAACUCAAGAUUGUCAGCGGAUAAAACUCCCGUUACCCACUUUUGCACACCGAGGCGCAUUAGUGGCAACGAAAAAAUAUCUAAAACCAAUAACAUGGUCCUGACGAGCAAAACUCCUAUUAAACGGUACUUCAGUGAUCAUAAUCCACCUGCCGCAACUCCUGACUGCUUUAACGUGGUGCAAAUGGAGACACCCAAAAGCAGACAAGACCUUGCCGUCGAUGAGCGAACCAUGUGCGAGGGGGAACAGAGCAAUCUCACCGUGGGUAUCAGAAUAAGACCGCUGACUUUCAAAGAACUGAGUGAUCAGCGAAUUACAGCAAUAGUUGAGGCAAAUGGACAGAAUAUCACAGUGGACUGCGAGUCGUCGAGACACACUUUCAUGUACGAUCAUUGCUUUGUGUCUUACGCCGAUUGUUGCACACCGCUCCAUGCCACUCAGGAAACAGUUUUCAAGAAUAUGGUUCUACCGCUGGUUGACAAUGCUUUCGAGGGUUACAACGCAUGUCUAUUUGCUUACGGUCAAACUGGAUCAGGUAAAAGUUACAGCAUGAUGGGUACAGAAACUAGUGGAUCAAGCCUGGGUCCCGAGGCCGGAAUAAUACCGAGAUUUUGUCAUGAAAUUUUUCGACGAUCUUCCAAAAAUUCCGGGCAUUCCACCACUGUUGAGAUCAGCUACUUUGAAAUCUACAAUGAAAAGAUUCAUGACCUUCUUGGCGUCAAUACCAAUGGAGGAAAACGAGCUCCACUCAAGGUAAGAGAACAUCCAGUAUUUGGUCCCUACGUUGUGGACCUCAGUCAGCACGGUGUGAACAGCUACAACGAUCUUCAGGGCUGGCUGAAGGUCGGAAAUUCUCAAAGAGCCACAGCAGCCACAGGAAUGAACGAGAAAAGCUCGCGGUCCCACAGUAUCUUUAGCGUGAUACUAACUCAGACCCCAUCAGAUGCAUCAUCGAGCAGUAAGACUGGCGAAGCGAGUCGUCGAAGUAAAAUCAACUUGGUCGACUUAGCUGGGAGCGAACGCUUGAGUCAAAUAUGUGCCAGCGGUGACAGACUGCGGGAAGGAGUCUCCAUCAAUAAGUCAUUGCUCACUCUGGGAAAAGUGAUUGCUUCUUUGUCGGAGAAUACAAACAACGUGAAACGGAGCUUUGUACCUUACAGGGAAUCCGUACUGACGUGGCUGUUGAGGGAAAGUCUUGGCGGAAAUUCGAGGACCGCGAUGUUGGGAACCGUUUCACCGGCUAACAUCCAUCUCGAGGAAACUUUGGCCACCCUUCGCUACGCGUGCCAGGCGAGAGCGAUCGUUAAUCGAGUCAGAGUCAACGAAGAUUCGCACGACAGAUUGAUCCGAGAACUGAAAGCCGAGGUCCUGCGACUCCGCGGAAUCCGCGAAGGGUACGAGAGACACCUCGGGGGAUUGCCGAGGAGAAUUUUACUCGACGCGAGAUCCGAGGCCGCCGAAAUACGGACGAAGGAGAGAGAAAUCGAAAUUUUGAGAGACCAGUUGAGGCGGACCGAGGAACAACUAUCCCUCUCUCAAAAAUCGUGGUCGGACAAACUUCGGGAUGCGGAAGAGAAGAAGAACACGGAGUUGACGCACCUCAGGCGCUGCGGCAUCGCUCUGGAGAUCGAUUUCAAGGAGAAGUCCAUGCAACCGUGUCUAGUUAAUUUAGCUGCCGAUCCAAUUUUGUCGGGUACACUUUUGUACCUACUACCGCCCGGCGUUGUACGCAUCGGGGGCCAAAGCGACGAUUCGACCUCCGAUGGGCGACCCGACAUCGUCCUCAACGGACCUCUGGUCAGGCAUCAGCACUGCACGAUUGAGAACAACAACGGGAAACUGACGUUGAGAGCGGAGGUGCAGGGUGAUACAUACGUCAAUGGACAGGUAGUAGCUGGAAAAGUUCUAUUGAAACACGGCGACCGACUAGUCAUCGGAGGCAAUCACUACUUUCGGGUGUGCGACCCGCUCGAUGAUCAGGGGGUAGAGCGAACUGGUAUGCAACCGGUUGAUUUCGAAUUCGCUCAUCAGGAGAUACUGAAAAUCCAACAAGAAAAGUUGAGAGCGGAACUCGAAGAGUCUAAACAGAAAGUGAUAAGGGAAUUGGAGAACGCGAAGCGAGAGGUUGAAAUCCAACUUGGUUCGCAAAAAUCGACCUACGAGGAACAGCUUCAGGUGCUGGGUUCCAGCUUGGAACAGCAGAGAAUGGCGUUGGUUGAAAUAAAUCGCAAGAAACACGAACUUGAAUUGGAGAAGGAACUACUAGCCUCGGAAGUUGAGACAAACAACAGAAUCCGGCAAAUACAAUUCGAGGAAGCAAAAUUGAAUAUUUCCCCAUAUCGUUCAAAUUUCUUACAAGACUUGGAAGAAGUUUUGAACGAGACGACGGCCGACGUAGAGAUGGCGUUGAACAUGAAUAUCGCCAGUAGAGAAAUGAAUUCGAGCGGGGUUAGUCUGCGAGAAAUGCAAUUGCUGGUCAAACAGGCUUCCGAAAGAUGUAGAGAAGUAGGGAUAAAUUACAUGACAGAACACCUCAACGAGAGCUUGCAUCAGCUGUCGAUGGAUGCUUCGAUAAUUGAAACAACGAUGGGGAACGGUACCUCGGAGUUAGGGGCGGAAAAAAAAUCACACAAUGAUAUGAGAGCAUGCCUAAGGCAGAUGGAGGGAGCGGCAAAGAACCUCAGUAACCUUUGCAACCAAUGCGACAGUCGUGAAAUUAAUGCGGAGAUUGUGAAGUCAUUGGACAAAGUACAAGAUGUUAUCGUUGGUAUCAGGGAAUCUUUAAUGAUAAAUCGCGGUAAUGAGAGCAAUGUUUCAAACAUGAGCGUAAAUAACACCGUGAUUGAGAACGCAGGUAUCAACCAGGCGGACUCUGGUUUCAUGAAAGAGCAUCUCACAGAGGAUAUCUCAUCGCCAACAAAGUCUAACUUGAGGACUGGGUGUCCCUUCCUUCGAAAUGACGUAGCAAAGUCGGUAAGAUUUGACUUUGACUGAUACGCGUUGGUUUAUCGAACGAUUUAUUUUGGCUCGUACCAAAGCCACCAGAAGAAUGUCAAUCGGAGCACUGGACAACAGAGGCCACGCCCUGGAUUGUGUAGGUAAAAACAUUCAAAUCUCUUUCCAAAUAUAUCAUUUCAGGCAUAGGACGCCUGAACAGAUAUAGACGCGUGUUUGACUGAAUAUUUUCUAGACAUUUCAUUUAAUACUUGACUGGAACAGUCACAAGAUAGUCAUAUUGACUACGCCAGAUACAAAGUUAAGAAGUGAGAUAGUUGUUUGUUCUUGAUUUAAAUGUUGUUACAUUAGUUGGGGGGAGGGGAAUAUUAUUUAUUCACGCAUGUAGGUGUCGCACGUGAAUCGACGAGCGUGAGAACAAAUAUUAACAUUACUUCAUCAGGGAGUAAGAUUAAAAGUUUGGAAUAAAGAUAGCGUCAGAUAGACAUCAGCCCAAAAUUUACGAACAAUUUUGACAUAAAUUAUGGCGUUGAUAAAAGUCAUCGCUACACAGCUGUGAUUACCCAAGACUCGAAUUACGUGACAAGAUAUUAAUGUAAUAUUCGCACAUUAUAACGUCGAGCUUGGUUCGGAAAAGAAAGAUCAAAAAAAAAAAAGAAAAAAAAUGGAGAAACAAGUCAUUUUAAACACGCAGUGCCAUAUAAAUUUAUUCAACGUGUUAGUCAUAAGAUUAAAUUCCAAGAGCAAUUUUAGAGAAUAUAUUUCUGUACGAUUUUUCUAUUUAUAAUAAAUUUGCUGUAAAAUACCA